GCUUCGGUCAGUUUGUGUCAGACGCUCAAGCGAGAUAGUCACCAUGGAACGUGCGCGGCGCCCCUGGCCGCCGAUGCUAUUACUGCUGCUGUUCGCCUGGACAGAAGCAGUUCACGAACGACGCCGGACACGGCAGAGCCGCCGUCAUCCACGCCCGACACGGCAGAGCCGCCGUCAUCCACGCCCGACACGGCAGAGCCGCCGUCCACCACCACGACGACGACGACGCCUCCGGACACGGACGACCCGUCGCCCACCACCACCACGACGACGCCUCCGGACACGGACGACCCGUCGGCCACCACCACGACGACGACGCCUCCGGACACGGACGAUCCGUCGCCGCCGGACACAGAAGAGCCGUCGUCGCCGGACACAGAAGAGCCGCCGUCGACGACCAGUUCAGAAAUUCCAUCAACUGAAAUGCCUGUGACUGAGCCCCCAGGCUAUUUUCCUCAAUUAAAUUCGACUGUUGUUCCGGAUGAUGGUGGAAAUGCUUGCAUUUUCGCGAGUUUUAAAAUGAAAUUGGUGGUGCCUUAUCUCAAUAAUUUAAGUCAGGACGCGAUUGCGGAGCUGGCUGUGCCUAGAUACGCCGAGUUUGGCGGGCAGUGCGCGGAGAACCGCCAGGAGCUGUACUACACGUGGAACUGGCCACAAGAGGGGGCGACGCGAGUGCGGCGCGCGGCGGACAGGGAAAACAAAGUGACGUUCGCGCUGACGUCCACCGGCGACGAGUUCGCCCUCUCCAGCAUGGCCAUGAACAUCCUAAAGACGCGGGCCGCCAUCCCGGACCUGCAUGAACUUGAAAUCAACACGAACGCCAACGGUAGCGCAGACGGCCUGGCCCUGUUCGCGGCGCCCAAGGGCCAAUCGCACGCCUGCGCCGCCGCCUCCGAGGUGGACUUCGAGGGCGGCGCCGGCAUCGUGCUCUCGGACGUGCUGCUGCAGGCCUUCAACGUGGACAACGAGGAGCCUAGCGCAGCAGCGGUGAGCUGCCCUCAGCCCCGGGCCGUGUCCGACGGCAUCUACAUCGCCGUGGGCGUCGUCUUGGGCGGCUUCGCCCUCGUUGGAAUCAUCGGCUACGUCGUCUACCGCGCCCGCACUCGCCAAAGAGGUUCCUUGCAGAUCAGCUUUCUGGACGAGGAGAUGGCGUAGACGCGCGUUCUCCGCAGAGGAUCAGUUUUGAAAUCAACAAUAUUGUGAAGAAUUCAUCCAGGACUAUUCAACCCAGGACUAGAAACAAUUGAAUCAAAAACGCUUAACUGUAUAUGCAUCAAAAGGCACAAUCAGGGCAGUGUAUCUCAAAAAGUUUGUCGCUUUUUGCGACUAUCCAAUUUUUCUUAUGGCUUCUCCCAGCUGGCCAAUCAUAAACUGUGAUUCAUCUGUCUUAGGAGGCGCUAUCCAUCGAUUGCUAUAUCGAUGUCCAAUAAACAGCGUAUGCACUAGAACAUUACCUCUUUGAUUUUAACAUAGCUUUCAGUUAUUUUCAAAAUUUGGCGCAUUUUGGAACUUUAUUGGACAUAAUAGCAUUCGUUAAAUACCACUCGUCCUUUGG